ACAAGUAACAUUUUUUUUAGUUUGUAGUUUGCGAGUUCACCACUGUCAACUGUGUUUAGAUUUGUCGGGUCCUAAAACCUGUGGCAUUCUUCUUAUUAAAAGGUGUCACUGAAUAUUUGUUUUGCUAUCGAAGUGAUAAGUUCAUUUAACGUCGCGGGUAAUUGUAAUAUUUCAUGUUCGUAAGUGAAGUGCAAAUGUUCUAGGUUGGUGAAAUAAUGACGAGCAGUGCUUUUAUCGCUUCGUAGCGAUGUGUGUUUAUAAUACAUUAAGUUGAUUGUGAUUUCAAAAUUCAUGGUGUAUCCAAUAAAAUUAGUGUCGUUUAUAGAGUAUAUUUCGAAUCAUAGGGACCAUAAACGAGCCGACGGAUUCUAUCAUGGUCGUAAAACGUGCUGCGGACAGUGCGGAAUCACCUAUUUUGGAGGAAGCCGGCGAGAGCGGUUCUGAACAGAAGCCAAAGCCUCUCGUCAAAUAUGGCGAGCUCGUCAUACUUGGAUACAACGGUUACCUACCCGCUGGCGAGCGCGGCCGCCGCCGAAGCAAAUUCGUGCUCUACCGGCGGCCUCAGGCCAACGGCGUGCGGCGCUCCAAGCACUACGUAGUCAAGACCCCGCACAGCAGCAAGGCCAUCCUCGACGCCAGCCAGCACUCCAUCUCCUACACGCUGAGCCGCAGCCAGGCGGUCAUCGUCGAGUACACGGAGGAUCCCGACACUGAUAUGUUCCAGAUCGGUAGGUCGUCAGAAUCGCCGAUCGACUUUGUGGUAAUGGACACAGUGGCAGGCGACAAAAGUGGCGACACAAAAGUGCUACAGAGCACCAUAUCGCGGUUCGCGUGUCGCAUCAUCGCCGACAGAGAGGACGUCAACAACUGUCGCAUAUAUGCUGCUGGGUUCGACUCUUCUAGAAAUAUAUUCCUUGGGGAAAAAGCAACGAAAUGGACAGAGAAUCACGAGAUCGACGGUCUGACGACGAACGGCGUUCUCAUGAUGCACCCGCGCGGUGACUUCUGCGGCGGCAGCGCCACGUGCGGCCCAUGGCGCGAGACUUCAGUCGGCGGCGCCGUGUUCUCGCUCAGGGAGAGUCGCUCCGCGCAGCAGAAGGGUCUUCCAUGCCAGUCAGAAAGCAACGUGCUCCUGGACGGGACCAUGAUAGACUUGUGCGGAGCCACGCUGCUAUGGAGGAGCGCCGAGGGACUCAAGAAUUCACCUACAAAACGCGACCUGGAAGCAUUAGUAGACGCACUGAACGCGGGUCGGCCACAAUGUCCUGUAGGGUUGAAUACAUUGGUCAUCCCCCGCAAGCUGUCUGCCGCGCAGCAGGACCUUAACCAGCCCUACGUGUAUCUCAACUGCGGGCACGUGCAAGGCGAGCACUCGUGGGGCGCGGAGAGCAGCGAGACAGGACUCCGCAAGUGCCCGAUGUGCAUGACGCCGGGGCUGGUGGUGCGCGUGUGCAUGGGCAUCGAGCCCGCCUUCUACGUGGACGCCGAGCCGCCCACCUACGCCUUCAACCCCUGCGGACACAUGGCCUCCGAGCGGACCGUCAAGUACUGGGCCAGCGUGGACAUCCCGCACGGCACGAACGGCUUCCACGCCAUCUGCCCGUUCUGCGCCGCGCCGCUGCAGGGCACGCCGGGCUACGUGCGCCUCAUCUUCCAGGACAACCUCGACUGAACGUGAACAGGUCCCUGCAGCAGGAGUUUUUAAUUAUAAAUAAAAGGGCCUUUUAUUUAACAAUUAACAAGAUUAUUACGGAGCGGCAAGCUGUGACGUCAGGCCGCGAGGAAGUUAAACAUAUAUGAGCGGCCACAGAGAUCGCAAAUACUUAUGUCUACAAAUAUAGUUGGUCAAGCAAAUCUUGUCAGUAGAAAAAGGCGCGAAAUUCAUUCUAUGGGACGAUGUCCCUUUGCGCCUACGUUUUUAAAUUUGCCGUCUUUUUCUACUGGCAGGAUUUGCUUGACAAACUAUAUGUUCAAAAUGUACAGUCAGCAAAACUAUUAGCUUAGCACCGUCUGCAUACAAAUGUGUAUACAUGCGGGGGUUUCCAAGCUAAUAGCUUUACUGACUGUACCUAAAGUAAGGACAGUUUCGUACAUGAACCCGCCUAUCUCUAUCGCACGCGUAUAAUAAAUUGUAUAGCUGUUCUGCCGAUGAUGCUGGCGGCCAAAUCCACUGUGCGAGCGGGAGCAAUAUAAUUAUGCACGUGCGAUAGAGAUAGGAAAUGGCGGGUGAAUGUACGAAAUUGUUCGUGUGUAUCGUCCAUACUUUACACAUAUUUUUGACCUCAGGCCGAGCAAGGUUAUGUGCUCCUCGAUGAGUUGAGGAUGUUCUCAUGACCUUUAAAUUAUGCACUAAUACCUAAAUACCCUAUUUUUUUUAAUGGAAUCUCACUUUUAUCUUUUUCCAUAUUUCAACAUAGCUGAAACACGGGAGCUUUACUCAAAUCAGAGACGAGAUGAAUAAAGACUGUUAAUAUCAAGUUAUUACUCGAUUAUAGCGCAUUGUCUUUUUCGAGAAAUGUAUAGCGUUAGCAGUCUUUAUUAUUAAAUCGUUUCUGCAAAAAACGCUAGACGAAUGAAUGUAAUACUGUGAAAAAUUAAGUGAUUUAAUUUGUUCAUGAAACGCAAAAUAAAUAUUUAUAAUGUGUGUUACGUUUAUAAAUCGACGUGUUGAUGGUGUCUGUAUGUUUAAUGUGUCGUUCUUAAGGUACCACUUUGUCAACUGUCAAGAAGGUUUAAAAGAAAUACGCAAUUUGAAUUAUUCCUUACUAACUUUCGAGAAAGUGCUACCUUUUGUCUGAAAACGUCACAAAUAGGUAUUAUAAAAUGUUCGGCUAAUGAAGAAUAUUUAUUUAUUAAUGCAGAGAAAAUGUGAGAAACUACAAAAAAACGUAUUUAACGCUUUGUACAUUGCUCUGUCUUUUAUUUUAAAAUGAUUAUGAAUGGAAUAUAUAAGAAAGAUUAUAAUGGAAUAACAGUACAUCAAUAGAAGUUUUACUUAUGUUUUGAGUGUAUACCUGAGGCUGACUAUCGACACAUAUUCUAUUGUAUUACUGAAAUAUAUCAAUCUAUGUUAGACUGGAGACAAGUUAAGGGUAAAGACUGCUAACCUAAUGAAACUUAUAAUGUUGUACAUAGUGUUAUAACAAAGGAAAAUAUCAGUCUUUAUCAUUACUGAUUUUUGGCAUGACUAACAUAUGUUAGUCUGUGCGGAAAGAGAAAAGUCGUCGAAUGUAUUGGUACCCAACUUAAUAUGUGUCGUUUUCAAUCAAAAAGGUACCACAUUGUCGCUUGCCAUAAUGACGCUCUGACAGGUUAUUCGUAUAAAGAUACAAUCCAAUUUCGUCCUUAUGGUAAGCGACAAUGUGGUAUGUACCUUUUUGAUUGAAAACGUCACAUAUGAAUAGUAUUUACUGAAGACGUUUACCGGAUUGACCUUACUGAAAAGAAAAAUUCCUACUUAUGACAAGGCAGUAUGGCUUAGAGCUUUAGCCUGUCCAGAUGGACGAAAAAAAAAGUAUUGGUACCCAUACAUUUCACGACUCUUCUCCGCACAGACUCUAGUCCAUAGAAGGGUCUUAUUCUCGUAUUUUAUUUUGUUGUCGAAUUUUUUUUCGUCAGAUUUCGAUAAAAUUUGGUGGAUAUAGAUAUUCUGUACACUAUAGGCGCAAUUUCAGUGAUAUGUCCUAAAAAAAUCUCUAAGGGUGAUAUUCCAUCUACAGUACAAAUAUCUUGGUCCAAUGUGUAUUUUGUCUCACAUUUUGUAUAAUGAGAGAGUGAGACGCACUGAUAUUGGACAAAGAAAUGUAUGGUGGUUAUGGUAUUUUCGAAAAUCAACAAUUUUUUUAUCGUCCCGAUGUUCCUGAAAAUGACAAAAUGAAAUCGAAUUUUGAACUUUAAUGGAAUAAAAGAAGGUAGCAAAUUCAAAACUGUAGAAAUGACCCUGGGACUUGAGAGGUUUCCGCCCAGAAUGAUGAGCUUUUUAAAACAGCCAAAUUUUAUCCAAAAACGAAAAAAAAAAUCGGCCCAGAAACGCAGCUAUGACUAUCAUUAUAUUGAUGUAACUAACCUAAGUUCUAAUUCGCUUUAUGAUUGUAAAUACUGAUUACUUUGUAAUGUUAAGUAAUUUAUGUUUUGUAGUGUGGGUUGCUUGUAUACCUAAGAGCCAUAGCGAUAGCAUAGGCCAUACUGUGAAUUAUCGGCUUUUUGGAACCCUGCGCACACAGCGGUCUCAUUUACAGGUUAAACUUUGAUAAUUCGUCGGUUCACAACCAAAACUUAACCUUGUAUUUAGAUAUUGAAUUGAUACUUUGAUACUUGGUUUUAAUUAGUAUUCAAUUUGCUUAUAGACAUAUGUUGCUCGCGAGGAAUUUAAAUAUAGUAUAAAGUUGACUGGAUUCGGCUGAGAUUUAAAGUUAAUUAUUUCGAACGAAUGAUAAAAAUAUCAUGAUUUCGUGAAAAACGUCAGACAUUAAAUUCACAAAGUACAAAGGUAUCUCCAUGGCAAUGAGUUGAUGGGUUAUUGCUUGCUUUUAAAACUGAUUAAAGUAAUCUAAACUUUUUCAGCCGGGCUAGCACAUGAGUGGCGCGCCGGUAUCUCGCCCGCGAGAUAGACUACCCGUGCCUCUUUAAUUAAUACAAUUAGAAAAAGACGGGUAGUCUAUGUCGCGGGCGAGAUACUGUCGCGACAUUGCUGUGCUACAAGGGCGAUAUACAAAAUGUGUCUCCCUCGAAUAAUGCAAGAGCGACAUGGACACUUUAUUUGAACUUCGAUGUUCUGUCGUAUGUAUGUAUUUGUUUUGCGUUUACGUAUGCGUAUUGGACAUUAGAAAAAUAAUUUAAAAAAAAUCUAAUCUGGUAUUUGGUUGUAAACUGACGAUUCGACGAGUAUAUAUAUCACACGAGUGAUUAGACAUGCCAUUUAUAUAGUAAAUGAAAUUUAAUUCCCGAACCUGGCUGGCACACGACUCAACUAUCGCUUUUUGUGUUAAAAAGUCUCUUUAGUUGAAGUAUUUUGGACUGUUUUCGUAUUGACUAUAUCUGACGAAAUAGAAGUAGCUUUCUCGAACGUAGUUUCUGAUCUAAGCUGGUUGUUUAUUAUAGAUGUUUGACGGGUAAGCGGAAAACGUAAAAUACUAUAAAAUGUUCGGUUAUAUUCCAUUUGUCGACAGUAGGAAAUAAUGGGACAAAAAAGUCCCUCUCAUAACUGAUCUCAGGACUGAGUUGUUACAAUUGAGGACAAAUGGGAAAAAAUUAAAGUUUCUAGUUUUCUUACAAAUUUCUAUCGUAAUCAACUAGUUUUAAAGGCUUCGUUACAUCUAAUGCAAGUUGCAGUGCGGUGUGUUGUAGUGCAAUUAUGUAUUGGAUUAAAGGAACGGAAAAAUCAUUUUUCGACUUUAUUUCUUUGGCAUUAAGGUUCAAAAGUGAAAACUCGUCACUCGAUUUAUGUACAGUCAGCUACAGAGAAAAGUAUCCACCUGCGUGCACUUUGAAAGGGUUGGUAUCGCACUCUUAAGCUUUGGUUUCCCAGGAAAGCGGUGCCGUCAUAUAGCGGACACAAAAAGACGGCCGUCUUUACGGUGACUACAUGUGGAAAGUUCCACGGCGUCAUAACACACCUUCAGCCACUAACGUCGAACGAAACGUAUCCAGGAGAGAAAAUAGACGACCUUGAUUUAGCUAUAAUAAUUUACUUGGAGGAUGAACUAUCAUCAGAAGAGGAAAAUAAUCAUCUUGUGAUCAUUUAUUCAAAUCUCGUGGUACAGAAGGUGCAUUUGAGAUUUAAGUAGAAAUGUCUUCACCGCUAUCAAAUAAAACGUUCACGAAACUAUCGCCACCGUCAAGACGGCCUUCACGCAAAUGGCGGCACCGCUUUUUGACGUUACGGUGUCAAUCACCGCCCUCUAGGAAACCGCGCCAUUUUGUUUACAUGGACAGCGUUCUAGUGACUUCAUUCACCGCUGAAUUACGGCCGCUAUAUGACGGCACCGCUUUCCUAGGAAACCAGAGCUUUAGGCUGAAUGUACUGCACCGGCACCGCGCCACUCAUUAGGUGUAACUUGGUCGUAUGUAGCGUAGGUAUGUUCUAUAAUAAACCCUGUACUCGGGAGUGUUGUAAAAAUAAUAUAAGUUUGUAAACGUAGCGAUUAUAAGCUUACGAUACUAUGAAAUUUAGUUUUUGUACAAUUUGAAUUCACUAGUUAGUGGUUACACUUAAUAUUGCCUUUCGAAUCGACAAAGUGCAAGACAGAUUUAAGGAUUAUUCAUGUGUUACAAAGAUAAUUCUUAUUUAAUUAAUUAAUGCAAGUGCACGUAAUAUUAUAUUGUUUAAGAAUUAACCCUUUGGCAAGUCAACGCAUUUUAACAAGUCUGUGACGUUUGAAGGGUUAACAUUCAACUGGUAAGAUAUCAAAUUGUUUAUUCGAAUACGUAGGUAGUUACAGUGUAGAUCCGACAUGAGUUUGUUAAUAUCGCUUAACACCCGUAGACUAUAGCGAUUAUGAGUAACCCGAUAAGACCUGCGCUUUUUCUUACCUUCUAUUGUAACUCAAAUGGCGGUUCAAACCGAAAGGGAUGUAAAAACGAUAAACUAAUAUGUAUAUAUUGACCGAAUGGCACUGUUUAUGCCAUGUUUAAAAAAAAUGCAUUUAUGUCGAAAGAAUUACGGUAAUACUAAUUUUAUAAAUACGCAGGACGUAAGUUAUACUGAUAUUCGAAUGAUUCUUUUCGCUCUAGAUACAACUUGUAAGUGUGAAGGCUUGUACAGUAGAGUUCAUAAAUAUGUACAAAUUUUUUCACCUUAAUCUAUUGCAAUACGGUGAAAAAAUUUAUACGUAUGUACUCGACGGUAAUUGUGUCGUGCUUAGGCGAUUUAAGGUCCCUUUAGUAUUGAACUGCCACAAAUAGCUACGGUAUAUGUUGUGACAAUACUGCGCGUUGACGCGCCCGCAUUGUUUAGGAGAUGGUUAUGGAGUAGUGACGCUUACUGACUGCACUUCACUAUAACGUCUGUAUCGCCCCGUUACGAGAAAAGCUUUUAAAUCAUUUGAUUAAUUUAUCAUAUACAAAAAAAUAUUUUUCCACAUGUAUCUGCAAUCUGAAAGUACAUACUUUUUGGAAAAUACUACCACUUGGAUUUUUAAGCAACGGGGCUCAGCCUAUGGUUGGUAAAGGGCGUGAGUACAUCUGAAAUAAAGGGUCGCCACACGAAACACCCGAGGCUUUAGUGAAGUGCACAAAUUACUAAAUCGUUCUAACAUUACUGUAGUAGUGGUAAUAAGAACUGAAUGCUAGCCUUAAUUUUAUUUAUUAUAAGUGCUAGGAUAAUAAUAAAUCGCUCUUUUGAGUUAGAAAAUUGA